AUGGACCGCUCUGGACUUGGCACGAUGUCAGGAGAGUCGCCAUGCACUGACGUGCCAAAGGUGCCACAUGCCAAAGACACCACGGCGUGUGCCGGUCGUGAGUCGGGAGAGCUGUGCCCCAUAGAGUGCCAAGACGGUUUUCAGAUGCUGACAGAGCUGCGCUGUUACCGGGGAGUCUGGCUGGAGGCCGCUUGUGUGGCCUUCUGCGCGGCUCCUACGGAGGCAAUUGGUGGCGCCAUCAGCCUGGAUCAUUGCGCUGGCACUCAAGUCGAUGAGACCUGCGCUGUCAUUUGCGAGCCAGGGCUCCACCCGACAGGGCGCAUCAAGUGCCUGCCGGGGGGUCGUUGGAGCGAGGCGCACUGCUUUGACCCCGCCGAGGAGCUCAUGCACGAGGUUGUGGCACGGGUGGAUGUGGAGGGCCUCCUGGACUUUUGCGACCUUGCUGCUGCCAACAACCUGGAGGGCCUGGAGGUGGCUGGAAGCAGCUUCGAAGAGGUCUUUGCCCAGGAUUUGAAGGUUCCGGUCAACCUCUUCACCACCAAUAUCACGGCUGAUCCGCACUUCAGCCGCAACGGCUACAGGCUGGAAAUGAAAGUUCUCUGCAGCGAGACGCAGAAGGCGACUCCCCUGACAUUCCAUCAUAGCGUGAGCUCUGCUGGACUGGCGGGCUUUGAGCCAGCCGAGCUCAGGGCCUUCUCCGACUGCGAGAAGAAGAUGCACCAGUUGAAUGGGUCCAUCCACACCACUGACAAAGAGCAGUACCGUGAGACCCUUUGCCAUACUUUCUGCAAUGCCCAGGAGAACUGUAUUCCAGAGUGCCAAGACAGAGUACUGGGCCUGCAGGUAUUUCCAGACACGCUGGCACUGCAGGUGCUUGAGGAGGGAUCAGGCCUUCCACCGACAAAUCGAACAAGCACCCACGAGCUUCAUUUCAUCUAG